GGGCUGCCGCUGCUCAUGUGUGCAAGCCCAGCCCGCAUCCAUGACAACGCUGCAAACACAGCAGCACUGUCCGGGAUCAGGAGGCGGGCGGGGUGCUUAUUCCCGUGAUAACAGGGAAACGGCCGGACACAGAUCCAGCAGCCCACAACGAACGCCGGGGUCUAUCUAUCUGCGCCCGCCCGCACAGCAGGAGAUCGGAGCCACCAUCAUCACCCAGCUACACUCCAUCAGCUGUAUCACCAACCCAGAGCUAGUGUCGCAGUGCAUGCUGGGAGGUGUAGUUCUGCCUCCAUGUACUGAGUGUGGAAACGGCAAGUACAGGACUACAAGUCCCAAGGGGCAGCGCGGCAGAGAGCCUCCAUCCUUAUCCCUUAGUAGUGAAUUUAUCCCUAUUGUAGUGUAUACACUGGAUCAGCAAGCCGGAAUCUGAAACUGCACACAGAGAAGGUUCGCAAGGAUGAACUUGGCUGAGAUGUGCGAUAAUGCUAAAAAAGGCAGAGAAUAUGCGCUUCUCGGAAAUUAUGACUCAUCGAUGGUUUAUUAUCAGGGAGUAAUUCAGCAAAUUCAAAAACACUUCCAGAGCAUUAGGGAUCCAGUUGUGAAGGUCAAGUGGCAGCAAGUGUGCCAAGAGUUAGUGGAAGAAUAUGAGCAAAUGAAAACCAUUGUAAACACUUUAGAAUCCUUUAAAAUUGAAAAGCCUGCAGACUUCCCUGUAGCUUUCCAAGAUGAACCAGUCAAGGACCCUGCAGUUUGGCCUCCGCCGGUUCCAGCAGAGCACAGGGCUCCUCCUCAAGUCAGACGACCCAACAGAGAAGUAAAACCUUUACGGAAAGAAUCUCCAGCAAUCCAACCUCAUGCACCGGUUGGCAGAGCCCAUCCCAUCUCGAAAAACGACAAGCCCUCAAAUCGGGACAGGGAAGUCCGAGGGAGGGCCAAAGAUGACAAGGGGCGGAAAAAUCAGCAGGAUGCAGGCGGAGAGGGGGAACUAAGGAAGUUUGAUGGAGCCGGAUAUGACAAGGAUCUGGUGGAUGCUUUGGAGCGGGACAUUAUCUCCAGGAAUCCCAAUGUACAUUGGGAAGACAUUGCUGAUUUGGAGGAAGCAAAGAAAUUAUUGAGAGAAGCUGUAGUCCUUCCUAUGUGGAUGCCUGACUUCUUCAAGGGAAUCAGAAGACCCUGGAGGGGUGUCCUAAUGGUCGGACCUCCUGGCACAGGCAAGACCAUGUUGGCAAAAGCUGUAGCCACGGAAUGUGGGACAACGUUUUUCAAUGUUUCUUCCUCAACAUUGACGUCCAAGUACAGGGGAGAGUCUGAAAAGUUAGUUCGCUUAUUGUUUGAAAUGGCAAGAUUUUAUGCACCCACCACCAUUUUCAUUGAUGAAAUUGACUCAAUAUGCAGCCGGAGAGGAACUUCUGAUGAACACGAGGCCAGUAGAAGAGUCAAGUCAGAGCUCCUUAUUCAGAUGGAUGGUGUUGGAGGUGCCCUAGAAAAUGAUGAUCCUUUAAAAAUGGUUAUGGUUUUGGCUGCCACCAAUUUCCCGUGGGACAUCGAUGAGGCUCUGCGGAGGAGAUUAGAAAAAAGGAUCUAUAUAGCCUUACCUACAGCUACUGGAAGAGCUGAGCUGCUGAAGAUAAACCUAAAAGAAGUUGAGCUGGAACCUGAAGUGAACCUUGAGGUCAUUGCUGAGAAGAUUGAGGGGUAUUCUGGGGCCGAUAUAACGAAUGUCUGCAGGGAUGCCUCCAUGAUGGCUAUGCGUCGGCGCAUCCAGGGCUUAGCACCAGAACAGAUCCGUGCUUUGUCCAAGGACGAGCUACAAAUGCCUGUUACGAUAAUGGAUUUUGAAUUGGCGCUAAAGAAAAUCUCAAAAUCUGUUUCUGCUGCGGACUUGGAAAAGUAUGAAAAGUGGAUGGGUGAAUUUGGUUCAGCUUAGUAAUAUUUCAUGUGUUCAUUGUUCUAUGUUGGUAAAUAUAUUUUAAAUUGUAUGCUUCUCACUGGCUCUAAAAAUAAAUUCCUUAAUGUUA